AUCAGAUUAGCAGUAUGAGACUGAAAUUUCGAACCGACCAUCCACUGACUUUGUACAGCUGCUGCGUUAAUGGAGCUGAGAUAAAGGCCAAACAAAAACAAAAAAAACAAGUGUGAAAAUACACCUAACAUUAACUAGUAGAGUUUUUCUUUUUCUUCUUUGUUUUUUUGGAUUUAGAAGGAUAGGAUUAAAGAAUCGUCAUCAUAAAGAUCAAUGACAUUUUGGUUUGCCUCAAAUUGCAAGUUUUUUUGAAAUUGAGAGAGAGUUUGGCAGACACGUGGUAUUUGUCUGGUCCUGUAACCCCAACCCCUUAACCCCAUGAUGUCCCCAUUUGCCCUACUCUGUAAGUAGAGUCAAAGAAAAGAGAAGACAACACAACAUAGUGGUGUGACUGGUGUCCUCCCCUUAAGUAUACACACACAUUUUGGUAAAAGGGGUAGGACAGUUCUUGGCAAGAUUUGAUUUUUAUUUGGUUUUCUUGUUUUUUGGGUACUUGGAGAUUGAUUUGGAUUUGUGGGGUUAGUUGAUAAUUUAGGUGAGAUGGGGAAGAAAAGGGGUUUGCCCAAUUGGGUUCCUGAUGGGUGGAAGGUGGAGGUUAGAACACGCAAAGGAAAGAAAGAAAAGUGGUAUACUGAUCCCUCAAAAGGACUCAAAUUCUGCUCCAAGGCGGACGUUCUUCACUAUCUUAGCAGUGUUGACAGUAAUUGUUCUAAGAGUUCUAAUACGAAGGAAAUGGAGAAUAAAGGCACCAAAAAGUGUUUUACUGAGAAGACUGCAUCAGAAGGGUUGCCACCAGGAUGGAUUAAGGAAUUGAAGGUCAGGAAAAAGGGACGCAAAAUCAGGAAAGAUCCGUAUUAUAUUGAUCCUGUCAGCGGACAAACAUUCCGCUCUUUGAAGCAAGUUUCUCGGUUCCUUGAAACUAGAGAGCCAGGAAGGUUUGAAUCCAAGCCCGAUGAUAAAUGUCCUGACACAUUAGAACUUGAAGAACCUUCUUCUUUGUUUCCUGCUGAAGCUGACAAGCAGAUAUCACUAGACUGUGAUGCAUCUUGCAAGGAAGUUAAUUCGAACCAGAAGCUGAAGUUGGGUGCUGAACAUAUUGCACAUUCCAGUUGUGUAGAAGGCGGUAUGUCAUCCUGUGAAGGUUUAGGCGAUGCUGUAGCAGAGAAUGCGGCAGAGGAGAAAAUUGAUAAAGUUGUUUCAGAUCCUGCUAGUGAAGAACAUCAAGAAAAGGACAGUGAUGGUGAAGUUGUUUUAGAUCCUGCUAGUGAAGAACAUCGAGAAAAGGACGAUGAUGGUGAAGUUGUCUCGGAUACUGCUAAUGGAGAACAUCAAGAAAAGGAGGAUAAUGGUAAAGUUAUUUCAGAUCCUGCAAGUGGAGAACAUCAUGAGGAGGAGGAUGAUGGUAAAGUUAUCUCGGCUACAGCAAGUGGAGAACAUCAAGAAAAAGAGGAUGAUGGUAAAGUUGUCUCGAAAACUGUAAAUGGAGAAAAUCAAGACAAGCCAUCACUAGACGGAGUGGAAAAGCAUGACCAGAAAACAUUUCAACGGAAAAGAAAAAAGGGUAUGAACACGCCUCGCAGAGCAUCAAAACGGCUUGCUGGUAUUAAAGCUGAUACAUCUCUUAAGCUCCAAACAAAUGAUCAAACCCAGCUAACUUCAGUUAGACAGCAGGAGGGGACACAAGCUGCCACCUCCGAUAACCCUUUGAAUUUUACUAAUACCAGUAAGCAUGUUGCAAGUACAGUAACUGGUAUUACCAUCAACAAGAAGGUAGAAACUGGGAGUCUGACCAUUAAAAGGAAACAACAUCUUGUUACUUCACCACAAACGGAGGGAGAGAAGAAGCCUUCUCCAGCUGAACCUGCGAAAACUGUCCUUGCUAGCUGUGAAGGCGAUAAGAAAGGUGAAACAGCUCUUGAAUCAUCUUUAAGUGAUCUUUGGACGGACCCCUGCAUAGAAUUUGCAAUAAAAACUCUAACCGGUACAAUUCCAGUCAUAAACGAAAAGAAAAUGGAUGAGAUCCCGGGUUCCAGUUCUAGCAAGCCCUCUGUUAAUACUCCUUCCUCUGUGGGCUUACCUUCUGCUGAAAUAUGGGCAGAUCCUUGCUUCAUGUUUGCUGUCAAGACUCUUACUGGUGAAAUACCGAUAGGGGACGACUUAUGCUCUCAGAAGAUAGUCCAGCAGCAAUGCACUUCAUCACAAUUACAAGGAAAUAAUGGUUUAGUAUUACCAAACAUCAGAUUUGAACCAGAAAUGUCUUCAUACAAGCAACAGCCUGCAGUAGCUCCUAAUGCAUACCAGAAUCGUUGGUUCGCUAAAUUCGGUUCUCAUCGGCCUUCGCCACUUUGUUAAGAAUGAUCAUAUGGUAGAUUGUAACUUAAUGUUAGGAAGUUCAGCCUAGCUUGUAGUAGUAUCAUUAUAUAACUAAAGAUGAGGCUCAAAUUUUCAAGCAGUAAAAACUAUAAUGUAAAAACAUUAAUCACAAACUGCCUGUUCUGUGUAAUUGUUGUCGUAAAACUCUUAUAUAAUAUAAUUUUGAAAA